AUGGACCCUCGGAGGUCCAGGGAUCCUCGAUUAGCUCGUGCAGACCCCCGUUUGCAGAACAGGCCGCCUUCCAAUUCACCUGUACCAACUCCUCCCCCUCAACUUGGUCAAUAUACCGCACCACAACAAGAUAGUGGAACAAGUGCAUACAAUUCUGCCCAAACAUAUGGAGCGCAAGGCUACACGGCUCCACCAAUACCACAGAAUGUUGCUACUCAGACCAGUCCUCCAAUGGGCGUUGCAGGGCCAUCAUCGUAUCAAACACAGAAUCCGCCAGUACCCGUCCCUGCCCCUGUUCCAGAACAAGUUCAACCAGUAGCGCCGAAAUACAAGCCAAAGCCACUCUUCUGCAUUGUCUGUGCAAGCAACAACAAUCGGUCUAUGGAGGGCCAUAGCGUCCUUUCUAAAGCUGGCUUCCACGUUGUCUCGUCGGGUACCGGCUCGGCCGUUCGUUUACCGGGUCCGUCAAUUGACAAGCCUAAUAUCUAUGCCUUCGGAACACCAUACAACACUAUGUAUGAGGAACUCAAUUCAAAGGAUCCACGAUUGUAUACGGUAAAUGGGAUAUUGAAUAUGAUUGACCGCAAUCGGAAGAUCAAACUCGCUCCCGAGCGAUGGCAGGAAAGCAGAAACGUAGCGGAUGUAGUCAUCACUUGUGAAGAGCGAUGUUACGAUGCAGUGUGCGAUGAUCUAUUAUCGAAGGGUGGAGAAUAUAAUCGUCCAGUCCAUGUUAUCAACAUUGAGAUCAAAGAUAAUCACGAGGAAGCUUUAAUUGCAGGAAAGGCAAUGCUAGAUCUUGCAACAGCUAUCGAAGCUUCAGACGACUUGGACGAGGACAUUGGGAAAAUUUUAGAAGAACAACAAGAGAAGCAUCCACAUCCUCUGCUGCACACGGUCGCGUUCUACUAGCUGUCGGGAUUUCUGUCUCCGAUUCAACUGUGUCUUCUGGUGAUUUCAGAUAUUUUGUAGAUGCUGCAUUCCUUUCACUAUCCAUUCAUUCAUGUGCAUUUUGGCGACAAGGCCAAGUAUUUAAUAGUAUACUAGUGCGCACAUAUGGUUUGCACCGUGGUGGAUUAUGUAGAAGGAAUCUAAUUCGCG